GGUCGUCGAUCAACUUUACCCAUUCAACGUUCGGUUUCGGCGCACUUCACACAUCCGACGAAAGCACAUUGAACGCAACAACUCUCGCACACACCAUGGCGUUCGCAUCUGUCACCGUCUUCGCAUGUGUGCUGGCUUCCGCACUUGCCGGUUCAGUAGCCCCAGCCUACCCGGCACCGUCCGCGUACCCAGCACCUUCCGCGUACCCAGCACCUUCCGCUUACUCAGCACCUUCCGCAUACCCAGGACCGUCCGCUUAUCCAGCACCCGCUUACAAGCCCGCUUCAUACUCCGCACCCAAGGCAUACGCUCCAGAAGCUUCAUAUGCCCCAGCUCCGUACAACUUCGACUACAACGUGCACGAUGACUCCACUUACGACAUCAAAAGUCAAUCCGAGUACAGUGACGGAAACGGUAACGUCAAGGGGUCUUACAGCUUAGUCGAACCUGACGGUACCAAGAGAAUCGUUGAUUACACCGCCGAUGACUACAACGGUUUCAACGCUGAAGUAAAAAAAGAAGGAACCCCCUCCUACAGCUCCGCCCCAGCUUAUAAACCAGCAUACAAGGCUUCAGCUGCUCCAGCCUACCCAGUUGCCCCAGCCUACCCAGCUGCCCCAGCCUACCAAGCUGCCCCAGCCUACUCAGCUGCCCCAGCCUACCAAGCUGCCCCAGCUUACUCAUCCGCCCCAGCUUACUCAUCCGCCCCAGCUUACUCAGCCGCCCCAGCCUACCAAGCGGCUCCAGCUUACUCUGCACCAGCCUAUAAGCCAGCCUACCAAGCGGCUCCAGCUUACUCUGCACCAGCCUAUAAGCCAGCUUACCAAGCGGCUCCAGCUUACUCUGCACCAGCCUACAAGCCAGCCUACAAGCCAGCUUACUCCGCACCAGCCUACCCAGCUGCCUCAUCAUACCCAUCUGCCCCAGCAUACUCAACUGAAUCUUACCCUGCUGCCUCAGCCUACGGAUACUCCACCCCUGCUCCGGCAUACGGAUACUCCACUCCCGCCCCAGCUUACGGAUACUCUACCCCCGCCCCAGCUCCAGCUUACGGAUACUCUACACCCGCCCCAGCCUACAAACCAUCUUACGCCGCUCCAGCAUACAAACAAUAUAUCCUGCACAAAAUGUCCGCUAAAUUGAUCGUGUUCGCGGCUUGCGCCGUCGCCACCGCCCUGGCCGUCUACAAGGAACCUUCGUACCCGUCCUACCCAUCUGCCCCAGCCUACCCAGCUGCCCCAGCUUACCCAGCUGCCCCGGCUUACCCAGCGGCUCCGGCCUACCCAGCGGCCCCAGCCUACCAACCGGCUCCAGCCUACUCCGCAUACCCAGCACCGGCUCCGGCCUACAAGCCAGCCGCGUACUCCGCACCGAAACCGUACGCUCCGGAACCAGCUUACUCCGCCCCAUCCCCGUACAACUUCGACUACAGCGUGCACGACACCUACACCGGUGACAUCAAGAGCCAAAACGAAUACGCCGACGCCAACGGUUACGUAAAGGGAUCCUACAGCCUGGUCGAACCUGACGGCAGCAAGCGCACCGUGGAAUACACCGCCGACGACUACAACGGUUUCAACGCCGAGGUCAAGAAGGAAGGUGGAUACCCAGCACCCGCUUACUCUGCACCAGCCCCGGCUUACAAGCCCGCCCCAGCACCGUACAAACCAGCUUACAUUGGUUUUGUUUUACGAGAACUAUACGUACUUAAGGUACAGGAGUUUAUGGGCUUUGAGGUUAUUCAACAACGCACGUAUUACGCAGCGGCGGCGGUCCGCAAACACGCCCGUGUCGCCUUUGCCCGAGGGGAACACACCGGGACUAACCCAGUGACCCCCUUGGGUGCGCGUGCUGUGUACGCCCUCACUUACGAUCGGAGCCGUCCGCGUUCACCGUGGACAACCGCCACCGGGCGCGGUCACACGCCACCGCCCGCGCACUCCGGUCGGCACGGCAAGUCUCUCGAAUCUCGGACGGUGUAUAUAUACCGGUGCCGAUGGUCCGCACCAGCACAGUCGUCCACGUUCACCGGAUCGUUUCACUACACGCAGUCAACUCACAGUCCACUCUCCAACAUGUCCGCUAAGUUGAUCGUGUUCGCGGCUUUCGCCGUCGCCACCGCCCUGGCCGUCUACAAAGAACCUUCCUACCCGUCCUACCCGUCUGCCCCAGCCUACCCAGCUGCCCCAGCUUACCCAUCUGCCCCGGCUUACCCAGCUGCCCCAGCUUAUCCAGCUGCACCAGCUUACCCAGCUGCCCCGGCCUACUCAGCGUACCCAGCACCAGCCCCGGCUUACUCCGCUUACCCAGCACCAGCCCCGGCCUACAAACCAGCACCGGCCCCGGCCUACAAGCCAGCCGCGUACUCCGCACCAAAACCGUACGCUCCGGAACCAGCUUACUCCGCCCCAUCCCCGUACAACUUCGACUACAGCGUGCACGACACCUACACCGGUGACAUCAAGAGCCAAAACGAAUACGCCGACGCCAACGGUUACGUCAAGGGAUCCUACAGCCUGGUCGAACCUGACGGCAGCAAGCGCACCGUGGAAUACACCGCCGACGACUACAACGGUUUCAACGCCGAGGUCAAGAAGGAAGGUGGAUACCCAGCACCCGCUUACUCUGCACCGGCCCCGGCUUACAAGCCCGCCCCAGCACCGUACAAACCAGCUUACUAAUCACUUUUCACAUGCCGUCUCAACGCCGACCAAAUCGUAUCGGCCCUGAGCCCGCUGACGGCUCUCAGACUGGUCUAAUUCUUAGUAUACGUUUUUCAUAACCGCGCACGUACCACAGUGUUACUAUGAUUUGUGUCUGCGUGCGUGUCUCUCUGUUUGUGUAAAAUAGUUAUUUGCUAUUAUCAUCUCAUUGUCAUUUUUUUUGUAAAUAAAACUCUUUACAUGUCUUAAGAAAAA